CAGGCUUAAGUUUUUCUGUCAAUCAUUAAACACGUACCUGGUUUCGUUAUCUAUAGAGGUAUACUGACAAAGGAGAGAGGUAACAUCGUUUCAUCGGUUGCAGUAGUCAAAGAACCUGUUUACUGAGGUUUUAUUAGGAAAAUGGGAUGUGUGUCAAGUUCUCUAGAAAAGUACGCAGCUAAAGACAAUGAAGAAAUAAUAACGAAUAAUAUAGAAGAGACAACCGGGAAGGAGUAUGAGGAAAUCGACCAACAUGCAAAAAAGGCACCGAGCCGAGCGAGGAACUCGGUAGACGAACUGGUCCAGUAUAUGAUGAGACAAACAAAAGAUCAUCGCUUACUGACCAGAGGGUUCUUUGUAUGGAUUGCAGAAAAUAUAAGAUAUGAUCUUGAUGGGUUGUUGGGCAGACAGGCCCGGGCUCCGAACGACGUAGCGUCUGUAAUGAGAACCGGCUUGAGUGUGUGUGAAGGGUAUGCAAACGUCAUGGAGGCUCUUUGCAAGGUUGCAAGGAUAGAGGUUAAAAAGCUGUCCGGUUAUUCAAAGGGAGUUGGAUAUAGUGGUGAUGUACCUAUCACGACCUCCCAAUCCACCAGUCAUGCAUGGAAUGCAGUAAACCUCGCAGGGAAGUGGUACCUCCUUGACAGUACAUGGGGCGCUGGGCAAACUAAAGGGCAAACUUAUGUCAAACAAUUCAACGAACUCUACUUUCUUACUGACCCCGCUCAGUUUGCGAAUGAUCAUUUCCCUUACAUGGACAAUAACAUGGAAGAAAGCAUGAAGUGGCAGCUCUUAAAGAAUCCGAUAUCUCUUGAAGAGUUCAACAAGAAUGUUCAUCUAAAGUCUCCUGCCUUCAGCCUAGGAGUCGUGCCGAUCAGCCACAAGAAAGGGUUCUUUGAGAUGAGUGGUGAAACAAAGCUAAAAUUCAAGUGGAAGAAAGAACCACUACAUUUUUCUGCCGAUCUUCACCACAUUGAAGAAAACAUCAUUCGAAUAAUUAAGGAUAAGACUUUAGCGACGGUUGAAAACGGUGUCUGCACAAUAACUAUUCACCCGCCACAAACUGGAAAAUACGAACUGAACAUAUUUGCGAAGAAAAGAAGUGAUGAUGGAAACUCUCUUCAACAAGUGGCAGUCUACUAUUUGAGAUGUAAGUCUGUCAAAGAAAGCGAGUUUGCCUUUCCAAAAGUUUAUUCUUCAAGGCACAUGCACGGAUGCAAAAUGAUAAAACCAAAGAAUGCCAAGCUUCCAGCCAACAGCAUGGUCGACUUUGAGAUCCUUGCUCCACAUCUUGAAAUGGUCAGCGUCAACGAGCAAAUGUUGCAAAAGCAGGGGUCAACCUUCAAAGGGAAAAUAAAAACGGGAGACAAAGGAUACCAGUUUAAUGUCAGUGCCGCUGUUACAGAAGGAAACACUACUACAUUUGAGGGAAUGUUUCAAUAUUAUACAGCAUAGACAUUCGGACAUUUGCAUGUUUUUUCAAUAAAACGGAUCUUUUUGAAAAUAAAUGUACUGUGAAUGAUAUUUACGAAUAUAAGACAUAACAUAGUUUCAAUAUAUACAACAAACGUGAAGACCAAAUUAUUCUGGGUCAUGUAUAUGUAUAUGUAAUAAAAUAUGGCAUAGUCCCGGACUACAUGGGAGACAAUUUUAUCUCCCAAGGCACUGUACACACACAGAGGACAAAGCUAAAUCAGAAAGGAGCUUUUUCUGUUGCAACAGUCAAAGGUUUUGGGUUAAAGUCCUUCUUUUUUCUGGUAAUUCCCUACAGAACAAAUUAAAAUGUUAGACUUUUAAUGAAAAAUUGCCGGUAUUUUUAUAUAAUGAAUUGAUAAUAUAUAUAUUAUUUUUUUCAUUUAUUUGUUCAAAGAUGUUCAGUAUCGAAACUAUUUCAACUAAAGCUCGCAAUUUAUUAGUACUAGAUACUACAAUAUCCAUACUAUAAUGUGAUAAUUAAAUAUAUAUAUAUUGCAAAACUUAUAACGUAUUAUGUAAAGUUACUGUGAUACAACUACUACACUAUUUAUUUUAAUGCAUUAGGAUUUACUUUUAAUAUACGUGUGCAAUUUUAAUGAAAUCCAUAUAAUUAUAUCAAUUAUGCAAUGCCUCUUUAUGUCAUGCCGCGAAAACAAAGGACCACAAUGGAAAUAAAACUUUCCUCUUUUUUUGUGUA